CUAAAAUGUAUCUACCGCCUACUGGACUCUUCUUCCCAUCGCAGUAAGACCGACGCUUAUGAAGACGCUACCGUGGCUUCUUGCAUCCAUCACCGCCGCGCUCGGCAACAUCAAUGCAAUCCAUGACGGAAGUGCAGCAUCACCACGUGAACCUGACAUCGACACGGUUCCCGCGGGGGUGAAAUGCUCCAAGGUACGCAAAUGCGACGAUCACAACGUUUGUGUCGUCGUGUGCGACCGCGGGACCGUUGCCAUCGCUCCAUGGGCUGACCGCGCACUGGCGCUGCAGCGCAAACUCGCAUACACCCAUUCGCUAUGUGAGGCCCAGCUGCCCGGCACCCACAACUCGGCCAUUACCAUCGUCGAUGGCUAUGGCGUGGAAGAUCAUGUGUUUCAAAAGCUGCUGGCGUACAUUCCUUGGAUGCCGCCACACCUCAGUGUCCACACCAACGACCAGCUCUUCUCCCUCACAGAUCAACUUCGACUGGGCGCGCGGCUGCUCGAGUUGGAUGUGCAUUGGGUUGACAACGACCUGCGCAUCGCGCACUGCGGCGGGUUCGAGUCGCCGAUGCUCGACGAGCUCAUCAGUUGGUUCAACAAGGUCGCGAAACGCCUGGGAAUCGAGAUCGAAUGGGACUCAGAGACUGUCGGAUGCAGUCCGUCGCUGAGCAGCAUCCCCGCGCACUCCCAACGACCUGUCCAGGCCGCGCUCGACGAGAUCGCCGCGUGGCUGCAUCAGCCCGAGAACGCGCACGAGUUCCUGCUCAUCUACUUUGACGACGAAGCGAACCUUCUCAAGUGGCACAAGGUGGAACGGCUGCUGGACGCGAUCAAGUCGGCGUUCCCGAUCGAGGAAAUCCUCCGUCCAAACGAUGUCACAGGUCCAUGGCCGACGUUCGACGCGCUCUUGGCCCAAGGCAUCCGUGUGGCGUUCCUGUCGGCGUCCAACUACUCCCCCGUCGGCGAUGACUUACUCUUUUACAAGCAGUCUCUAUGUUCAUGGCAAGAGCCAGAUAUGCCGUUCGCCCCGUACCCCGACUGCCGCUUUGACAAGUCACCUCUGUCGACAUUGACGGCUAAAGGCGUGCUGUUUCGCCCAGAAACAAGUGAGAUACAGUACGGGCUGCUCAACGCGAUGGGCCACCUCGGCCCGAACGUGCACUUGAUCGACGAAGCCGAGCUCCCCAAGCUUCUCGAGUGCAAUGUGAACAUUCCGUCGCCCGAUAACGUCACUCCGCGGCGCAUGGAGGCAAUGGUGUGGUCGUUCGCGCCGUCGGAACCCACGGCCGUGGGGCCCCUCCACUGCACGGCCAUGAUGCGGCAGUCCCCGCGGUGGACGUCGCGGCCAUGCGCGGCCACCGCGGAUAUGGCCAUCGCAUGCAAAGCAACUGAGAAUGCCACAUGGAUCGUCGUAUCUGAUAGCCAGGACAAAGCAUGCCCAAUGGGGUUUGCAAAGACCGUCCCGACCAACGGGUACGAGAACAGACUCCUCCAUGAUGCGCUACUGCUGGUGGCGGCGGAGAACAAGCCGAGUGUGGGCGUUUGGGUGCCCGUGCCCGAUGUCGUCAUUAGCCAAGUGUAUGGCCGAGGACAGCAACAAGGAAUGCGCGGCGAAGUGUACGACAGCCGCGUCCAGUCGCUCGUGGGGUCAACAAUCACGACGUGAUGAUGUACCACAAUACAAUGGAUAACUUGUGAUGGGGUUCAUAUGAAUAUGACGUGCAUCUUGGAGGAGUAGAAGC